CAGAUGUUGCUAUGAGGAAAGGAGUCAGCAAUGACUGAUGUGGAGCCUGUGGUCACAGAUUUUGCUGCAUCGGGACGGGCAGGGCGCCGAAACGCCUUACCAGAUAUUCUGGGCUCUCCUGCUGGUGCUGGGACUUCAGACCUGCCACACAAACUGGCUGAGCUCUCCGUUUCUGAAGAUGAAGGAGCAGAGGGUGGAGAAGUGCCAUCAUCCAAAGCCUUGCUGGAAAGUCAAGAGGCGGAAGGAAAAAGCAAUGAUUCCUAACACCUAAGGACUGCUGGAUUAAUGAAACCCAUCAGCAGACUUUCCAGUUUCCCUUCUGAAGUGUGGUAGCAACUGUAGCAGCACAGAUGAGAUUUUGCAACACACAUGUACCUAGAUGACAUUACGGUGGAGCUACUGUUUUUUCUACUUUCAUCCUUCAGAACUAAUGCUCUACACAUCCAAAUAGGAAAAGAACUAAAGAAUGUAUCUCUUGUUUUGGGAUUUCUCAUGGUUAUAGUAUUCACCCUAACUAAUCUUCUUUGACAGUUUCAAUUAUUAUACCUAGCAGAUGAACCACCAACUAAUGAUUGCUUCAGAGUAAAAAUUCUGUUUCUUAAUUUCCCCAAAUAGCUUCUUUCUCUCUGAUACAGAGGUGUAUUCACUCUCUCCACCUGAAGAUAUUAAGUAUGUAUUAGAUUACAGACAUUAUCUGUAAUUUAUCUCCUGAGAUUUUUGUUCUCAUUAGGCAU